ACCACGUGGCUCGCAACAGCGUCAGAAGAGACUCGCCGCUCUUAUGAUGGGCGGCAAAUCGAGCGCGAUCGCUGCGGGCGUGUGUGGGACGCUGAUCAUCGGGUACUGUAUCUAUUUCGACAGAAAACGACGAAGCGAUCCUAACUUCAAAACGAGACUGCGUGAACGGAGAAGACAGCAGAAAGCUGCUCAAGAUAAAUCAGGACUUGCUCAGCUACCAGAUCUUAAAGAUGCAGGGGCUGUGCAGAAGUUCUUCCUCGACGAGAUUCAGCUGGGAGAGGAGCUGCUGGCACAGGGAGACUAUGAGAAGGGUGUGGACCACCUGACCAAUGCCAUCGCUGUAUGCGGGCAACCCCAGCAGCUUCUACAGGUGCUCCAGCAAACCUUACCACCUCCUGUCUUCCAGAUGCUUCUUGCCAAACUACCCUCAAUCAGCCAGCGUAUAGUAAGUGCUCAGAGCCUGGAGGAAGAUGAUGUUGAGUAAAAAGCAUCGAUUGAAGGAUGGCUUGGCAAGGACCUACUGGACAAACAUUGACUUCAAUUCUUCAGUGUGAAAUGCUUCAUGUCUCUCGUUUGUUAUUUAUCAUUCCCAUUCCUGGUUUUGUGUGAUCAACAAUCCUGACCACUGCACGUUUUGUUUCCUGGUAGUUUGUAUUGCAAAAUUGUUUAUAUAGAGUGGGUGAAUGUAAUUCUUAUGCUAUUUCCAGGCAUGAGAACAACAAGACAGGUCUUAAGUUAAUCACAGAAAAUAUAUUAAUAUAUAUAUAUAUAUAUAUAUAUUAAGGUUUUUCUGGACGCUUAUUCUUGAUACUGAUACAUGCACUCGGCAAAUGUCAGUUUAAAAGCACAUGUUUUAAGGACAUGCAGCUGUUCUCAUUAAAAGAUUCUGUAGGAUAGUUUUCACUUGAAUACUGCGAAUUAAUGCGUAAGAUGAUGGCUGACGUCUUGCAAUGGUAUUAUGUCCUCCUUCGCAUCCCACAUGUUCUUGUUCCGAGUACAAACAUUUUUUGCACAUUUUGUAUGAUCCACACUUAGCAGACGAGAGAUGUCCUUUUUUUGUAUUUAAUAAAUAGUUGAAUAAACUGUAUUCUAACAUUU